AUGUCGAUUGGCAUCCGUGCACUAAAUCCUUCAGAUAGAGCAGAUCUUUCUCCGUUCAGUGCGCAGACGCAGCCGUCUUACAUUGUGAAACACAAUCCGACCCCGGCUGAAGAAAUCUAUGAAUGGCUUCGAAAUAAAAAUAGCAUUUUAAGCAAUUACAAAGCUGUUCGUCCCUACCAAGACGACGCGACAUGCCGCCCCAACACCCUGAGCGAUGAUGCGGACGACAUCCAGCGACAACUGGAUAGCGAGGCCAGAGACAGAUUCAAGUAUGGUCUUCCGAAAACUAUUUGGAUACUAAAUUUCCCAUUUACAACGCCCGUGUCAGUAAAAAGAGGACUCUUCCAUGGUUGCGCUUCUUCUAAAUGUCAAACCUUUGAUACUUCUAAUGAAGCUAUUUGGGAGUGGAGCUAUCCGAAUGAGUGUCAAUGGGCGUGCCACUUCCCGGCGUGUGGCGGCCCCCUGCAGUCCCCCAUCAACCUGCGCCUCGACAACGUGGUCCGGGAGAGGAUGCGACCGCUGGACUUCCACAACUGGAACCAGAGGCCCGAGGAAUUGACGCUGAGGAACGAUGGGGAGAAAUUGGUGAUCACCGGCCGCUGGGCGGGCACCAACAUGCGGCCCGCCGUCUCCGGGGGCCCCCUCUACCGGCGGGAAUACUGGUUCCACUCCCUCCACCUGCACUGGCCCUCAGAACACGCAAUCGACGACGGAGUCCUGCCCUUCGAGACCCAGUCGGUGCAUGUUGCUGACGGCUACUGUGACCUCGCGCAAGCCACCAACGCGUUCACGGCUGGCUUGGAUAAUAAGAGCACUGUGCUCAUUAUCUCUAAUAUGUAUAGGUACUCGGACAUCAGGUCGGAGCUGUCUGAUCUGGGUCUGCUGGACUCGCUGCGGCGCGCGGCGCGCGGGCGGCGCGGGGACAUACCGCUGCCGAGACGACCGCUCAGCUUCUAUGUGCCACGGUUCCAGGACUACGCGACGUACCGUGGCUCGGUGCCGUUCCCGCCGUGCACGCCGUGUGUCACGUGGGUCGUCCGGGGCCGGCCGCGCACGGUGCCCAGGUGCGCCAUGCACUACAUAAAGAAACUGAAUACAUGCUACGGGGCAAUGGAGGUGAACACCAGGAGCCUGCAGUGGUCCGGAAAUAGAAAAGUAUUGUACUACCCCAACUACCCCACCGACUGCUGAAUCUAUUUGCAAACCUUUUCAUUUUAUGACUAAACGGUAAAACGCUUAAAAGUAUGUAAGCUUCAAACUGUGAUUAUGUAUUCAGAACUGAAUUUCUUCAGUGCUACAGGAGAUUCCCGUGGUUAAUGUAUUCGACAUAGUACUACCUAGUUAUAAUAGUUAUUACAGGAGAUAUCAACUAGU